GUGCGCGCGGCCGUCGGCGCGCCGCGGGGACGCGGUCUGAUUCGCUUAUCCGUUCUAACGUAGAAGUGCCCCGGAGGAGACCCCGCCAUGGAAGGCAAACCUCUGCUGAUGUCCCGACAGAGGACGGAAGUGGUGUGCGGGGUCCCCACCCAGGUGGUGUGCACGGCCUUCAGCAGUCACAUCCUGGUGCUGGUGACCCAGUUCGGGAAGAUGGGCACCCUGGUCUCCCUGGAACCCAGCGACGUGGCCGGUGACAUCGGCAAGCCGGUGCUCACCACUAGAGUCCUUCUGGGGCAGGACGAGCCUCUCAUCCACGUCUUUGCAAAGAACCUGGUGACGUUUGUGUCUCAAGAAGCGGGAAACAGAGCGGUGCUCCUGGCCAUGGCCAUGAAGGACAGGAGUGUGGAGGGGCUGAAGGCCUUGAAGGAGGUGAUCCAGGCCUGCCAGGUGUGGUGACCACGCCUGCUCCUCGGCGCGGCCAAAGGGAGACCCCAACACGCUCUCGAUUCGGAGGCCCUCCCCUGGCCGGUCCGCAGGAGGAACUGUCUGGCCUGGGUCCCCGGAGCCGGAAGAAAUACGCACACCUCAGGCGGACUCUUGGUUGGUUGGGUCGCUGAGUUACCCACGGUCCGGUGGGAGCACAGCCGUGCAACGUGUCUUGGGGGGCUUGUGAAUGGUUCUCAGCAGGGUCCGGGUAGUGGCAUUUAUUUGAGAGGCGAAAGAGGAGUCAUCAGGUAAGAGUC